AAAUAGCUUAAGCAGAACUAAGCGGACUCAGCAAACCGGAAGCGGAAGUAGUUCCAUGUUCCAGUUCCGCUCUAAAUGGAGCAGCGACUUUAAUCACUGACAGUCAUGGAGCUGACGGCGAAGGAGCGGCAGCAGGUGGAGCAGCAGGUGGAGCAGCUGCUGAGCGGCCAGGGGUCAGAGGUCAGCUUGUGUGAUGUGGGUCUGGAGCUGAGCAAGCCGGCGGUUCUCAGGAAGAACGUCACCUACAUCGUCUGUGGCGUCGUUUUCAACGAUCAGGAGGAGGUGCUGAUGGUGCAGGAGGCCAAGCAGGACUGCUACAAGCAGUGGUACCUGCCAGCAGGGAGGGUGGAGGUGGGGGAGAGCCUGGAGGAGGCGCUGAAGCGGGAGGUGAAGGAGGAGGCGGGCUUUGACUGCCAGCCAAUCACCUUGCUGCUGAUCCAGGAGCAGGGACCGCAGUGGAUCCGCUUCGUCUUCCUCGCCCGGAUCACAGGAGGAAGCAUGAAGACUCUGACGGCGGCUGACCAGGAGUCACUUCAGGCGUCCUGGUGGGACAGACAGGCGUCCCUCCCCCUCCGAGGACAGGACAUCCUGCGCCUCAUCGAACACGGACUCAGGUACCACAGGAAUCCGUGGCAUCCCGUCACGCUGCCUCUGGACAUGAGCUGCCGUCACGUCGUCCAGAGGAUCCUCCUGGUGUUCGUCGGCGCCGACAAGCAGAUCUGGGUCCUGGUGGUCCGUGCCCCGGCCCCCCACCUCCCCACCGCGGCGGCCCUCAGGACCCACGCCGUCACCUGGGCGUCCAACAUGGUGGUCCAGGAGGCCCUGCCGUCGUCCUACUACGACCACGACGUCAACACGCUGGGCGUCAUCAGCCUGCAGCACAACGGCCGGCAGCACGGCAAGACGGACGGCAUCGGCCUCAACACGCUGGUGGCGCUGGUGCCGGACCGGGCGCAGCGGGACGAGGACGGGCUGCAGGUGGAGUGGCCGGCGGCGGUGACGCCUCCUCCGGUGGAGAACACUCGCUAUGUCUGGAUGGAGGUCCAGGAACCGGCGCUGAAGGAGAGACUGCUGCAGGAAUCCCAGAUCCCUUCUCUGUUCCCCAUCCAGAGCCUGUACUGAUGCUCUUAUUUGGAUCAGAUUUAGAUCUGACACAUGUGGGACAUCGGCCCCUGAGGGCCAACACUGUGGCCCAUUAAGGGCAUCUGAAAGUGCUUCAGAACCUGAUAUUUGGGCCCUAACCUCUUAGAACCGUCCGAUUUAAAAGCCAGAUAGCCAGAAGAUAUUUAUAGAAACAUGAGGUGACGGUUCUGCUGGGUCUGAAAGUUCUGAACAUUUGGCCUGGGUCCGAUCUUUACCAAACCCUCAUCUUCUUUACUCCUGGCUGACCUUCAGCAGAACCGGACCCCAGCUGCUGUUCUCUGAGCGACCAGCGGGUGUCACUGUUUCCUCAGCUUUAUUUUCCAAACCUUCAGGCUGGAAGCAGAACCUUCAGACACACGCAGGAUGGUUCUGGGCCUUUUACCCAAACCAGACGGGUCAGAACUCAGUGACCCGGGCUGCAGAGCGUUUUGAUCCAGUUGGUUCUGAACAAACCAGUGUAAUAGGGCCCAUUUUGAUCUGGUUUGGAUUGGUACUAAUAGGCUCCCAGUAUGGGACCAGAUAAAACCCAGUGCUGCAAGGCAACUGGACCUUUGUUUGAUACUACGACCAGAACAUCCAGAACCCAUUUGGUUCUGAAUGUUGUUUAAGGGCGCAGAUAUGGGCCCUCUGACGGUACCAUGUGGGUCCAUUUAGGGCCACUGUAGGAUCUGUUCGGGCCCUGCGCAUGCUAAUAACGUUAUGCUACACGCUACUUGCAGCUGCUUCUCUACAGUCAUUUUUGGGUUGUCUGCUGUGUUUUAAAUUGUAUUUAUGAAUAUAUAACUAAUGUAUAAAACUGUAUUUAUUUAAGCCCUACUUCUCUUUUCCUAAGUCGUUACUCCACUUGUCCGCCUGCCAUUGUAAAUAAGAACUUGUUCUUAAUGACUUGCCUGUAAAAAUAAAGGUGUUAUAAUUAUAAUAAUAAUAAACAUGAUUGGCUGAACGUUGCCACAUGAAAUAAAACUAUUUGGUUGCCUGGACAACGAUAACAUCAAGCAGUGUCCGUGUGCCGAGUCGGGAGCGUCUGUAGCGUUACCG